AUGUGCUCGGCGCCGGGCGCGUGCUCUCGCGCUGCGGCGGCGUGCGCCCGGCGGUGCACUUCCCUUCGUGGCCGCGCUCGCUGCCGACCCCGCGGCCACGCUGACAGACGCCUGCGCCCCACGCGCCCGCACCGAGGCGCUGCCCGGGCCGACGGUGCCGGCGCUGCCGACCGCGCCGGCGCUGGAGGACGAGGAGGAGAGUGGUGCCUCGUCUGCACCGGCGCGGCGCGGGACCCCGCCCGGCCCGCGCCCGCAGUGGCGCUGCCGGUGCGGCCCCCGAGCGGCGGGGGCUCGGCGGGGGUGCUGCGCGUCGGCCUGUCACUCCAGGAGCCCGGCUUCUGGGAGGCGCUGGUGCCCGACCCGGGGGCGCUGGACGGCGUCUCGCCCGAGCACUUCGAGCUCUUCACAGGCGCCGCGCCCUCUGGCGGCAUCCUGAUCAACCUCAGCGAGCACGGCACGCUGGUGAACGGCGAGCUGGUGCACGAGAGCCACCGCCUGGCGCAGGGCGACGUCGUCGGGCUGCCGAGGCUCGGCCGCGCGGAGGGCGAGGCUCCCGUCGUGGAGUUCCGCCUCCUCCGCGGCGCCGCGGGGCGGCCGCAGGCGGCGCUCGCUGCGCCCCCGGGCUCGCCGCGCGCCUCCUGGGGCGCCUCGGGCGCCCUCGACUCCGGCGCGUCGGGCGCGUGCGGCCCGACGGGCUCCGCGGCGGGCUCCAGCGAGUGCGCCGAGGCGGCGCUGCCUGCGGCGUCGGCCCUGCUGGGCUUCGGCUCGGCGGGGCCGCUCGGCUCCGCGGCGGAGCCGCGGCGCGGUGCCGGGCGGGCGGCCGCGUGGCAGGCGGGGGCGGCGGCGGCGGACUCGCUCGACCUCGCCCGCGCCGCGGCGCGGCGCCCCGAGGAGACGGGCUCGCCCCUUGGCCGCGCGGCUCCAGAGCGCCCCUUCGCACUGGAGUGCACCCAGUCGCGGGGGCUGCUCGGGCGGGAGCUGGAGCGGCUGCCCGCGAGGCUGCGGGUGCUGGAGGCGAGCGGGUGCCCGCCGGGGCUGCGGCUGGGGCGCGCGGUGCAGCCGCCCGCCUUCUGGCAGGCCCUGCUGCCGCGCGAGGACCUCCGCAACACGGUCUCCAGGGAGCACUUCGAGCUGGCGCCCCAGGGCGGGGAGCUGCGCCUGACCAACAGGAGCGUCUUCGGCACCCUCGUGAACAACGAGCUGGUCACGGGCGAGGUCGCGGUGCGCGACGGGGACACCAUCUCGGAGGAGUGCUGGUUGCAGAGGAUGAGCAGGUACCGAUACCGCUGCCUUGGCCUCGUGGUCGCCCUGUUGGGCCUCCUGGGAGGCCUUCGUCGCCACGGCUGGAGUCCUCUCAAAGUGCUAGUCAGAGCGCACCCCGGGAGAGGUCCGGGGAGUAGCGGUAUCGGUACUUGUUUGGUCCCCCCGCAGUUGAGACCAGCGGCGGCCUUCCCUCAGAGGAGCAACGAGUCAUGAUGAUGAGAUGUUGUAAGAUUUCCGGGAUGCUCAGAACCUCCUAAUGUGACGCACGGGCUGCAGAAAUGAGGGCCGUUGGAUACCUCGGAUUUCUGAAC